AUGGAGGCCGAAGGGGACCACCUCUGCGGCUGUCCCCUGUCCAGGGCCUCUGGCUCCAGGAAGGACAGGACCGUCUUCAGGGAAUCUGUCGGCGAAGUCUCGGAUAAUCCGCUGUCCUCGUUCGGCGAACAUCAGAUAACUGUCCUAUCUCGGUUUGACACUCCAGCAGCCUCCAGGGCUUCCUCGAAAUCUCUUGGAUAUCUUCCAGGAUUCUCUCUCUAUGCCGAGUCCAUGCAUCACUCGGUGAGAUGCGGGAUGGUGAAGGUGAGCGAUGGGAAGACUAGGCCCACACCAAUGAGGCUGCAGCUGUCGAUGGAGAUCUUGAAGCUGCAGAAGGAAGAGAGUUCCCCGCCCAACCACAACGUCAGGCCGACCCCCUCCGAUUCCAGGGUUCGUAUCGUCGGCGUGACGCGGCAGAAGGUGGGCGGCCUCGGACUGAGCAUCAAGGGCGGCGCGGAGCACAAGUUGCCCAUCCUCAUCUCCAGGAUCUUCAAGGAGCAGGCGGCAGACCAGACCGGACAGCUCUUCGUCGGCGAUGCCAUCAUCAAGGUUAACGGAGAGUUGAUAACACAUUGCCAGCACGAUGAAGCUGUCAACAUCCUGAGAAACGCUGGCGAUAUCGUCAUGCUUACGGUCAAACAUUACAGAGCGGCCACGCCUUUCUUACAGAAAGCAAGUGAGUGA